ACGAUGUCUUAUUCGGGGGAGCUGUUCCGCAUUAUUUGUGUCUGUGAGUGAGUGUAAAGUGAAUGGAAUCAUGAAUGUGUGAUCCACACAGUCUAAAAUUCCCGGUUUACUCUGUACCGGAUCCGUUACUGAAUCUACAAAGACAAGUGAAGAACAGAAGAAGAGAAGAAGAAUUUGGAUAAGAAAGUGGCCGCCAUUAAAUUAUAAAAAUCAGAAGCUGAGAGAUAAGAGGGAGAGAGAUAGAGAGAGAGAGAGCCAUGGCUGAAUCUGUAUUCUCUUUGGUACCAGAAGACGUAGUUUUCAAAAUCUUCUUCAAGCUCCAAGACGAUCCAAGAAACUGGGCUCGUCUUGCAUGCGUCUGCACCAAAUUCUCCUCUAUUGUUAGAAACGUUUGCUGGAAAACUCAGUGCUAUUCCGCAAUCCCCACCGUCAUCUCCGAUCUCCUUCCUCCUUCCGCCGCAUCGUCUUCAUCCAACGCUGCGGAUCCAUCCCUAGCUCCUCCUCCUCCUCCUGGUGGUUGGGCUUCUCUAUACAAACUCGCCGUCUGUUGUCCUGGUCUCUUCCACGCCGGGAUUCUCCUCGAAAACUCCGAUUUCGGUUUGGAACGUGAGCUAGGUCCCGAUCAAAGCCUCGAUCGUAAACCUACACCGACGGAUCUAGCUUGCGACGACGGAGAAGUUUCGAAACCAGUCGGAUCUGGAAUAGAAACGACUUCGUUUUGGUCUCUCUACGACGAUCUCUACACCGAUACGCUCUCCGCUCCUCCGGAAGAUUCAACCGACGUUCAAGAAGAAGAAAUCGAAACGAGUGAGAUCAGACCUGGACGAGAUCUUCCGGUAAGGAAACGAAGGAAGAUUUGUAGAUCUCUAGGAUCUCAUUUAGCUUCAGGAGCUUGGAACCUUAGCCGUGAACAAGGCAACAAGCUUUUGGCCAGUAGAUUCCGCGGCGAUUGUCUCUACAUUUGCAAUUGGCCUGGUUGUAUCCACGUCGAAGAGAAACGAAACUACAUGUUGUUCAGAGGCGUUUUCAAAGAUUUCAAACGCUCUCGUGUUUGGAGAACCAUCAACGACGGUAACCACCGGAGUAAGAUCUCCGGUUUGAAAUGCGCGUUUUGCUUGUGCGACGAGACUUGGGAUCUGCAUUCAUCGUUUUGUUUGAGAAGAGUGUUUGGGUUUCAUGAUGAUGGUGAGCCCGUUGUGAGAGCUUAUGUUUGUGAGAAUGGUCAUGUCUCUGGUGCUUGGACUGCUUUACCUCUCUACACUUAGACAAAACAAGAUUGUUUGGUCUUCUUGUACUGUCUUUAUCAUCUCUAUUGUUUGAGGUUUGUAAUAAUCGUAUGAUCAUUUGUUUCAUAUUCUGGUUAAAGUUGAAGCUUCGA